CCGAGCAGAGUCCUAGGAAAACAGCCCGGCUGGGCUGAAACCUGGCCGGGGACGGGCAAUGCGCCCGCCCCGCGGUGCAGCCUUGGCCCUCUGCUUAAUUACCCUCCCCAGGAAAGUCCCUGAGCCUUGAGCCAGCAGGGACCGGUCCAGCCCCCGCAUUUCCCGGCAUCUUCUAAUCAUGGGCCAGCUGACGUUUGAGGAGGUGGCCGUCUGGUUUUCCCGGGAGGAGUGGGAAAUGCUGGCAGACUGGCAGAAGGAGCUGUACCGGGCUGUGAUGCUGGAGAACUAUGAGAAUCUAUUUCUUCUAGCAGGCCAUGCAGAUGCCAAACCUGAGAUCAUAACCAAACUUGAACGAGGGGAAGAGCUGGGUGUCGGGGACCAGCAGGCCCCGGAGGGGAAAGAAAUUCUUCCAAAUGCUUCCAGGGGGAAUUGGUCCAGGAAGAAAACUAAAAGCGAGUCGGACCUGCAAGAAUGUCGUGGAAAUCCAGAAGCUCAAGGGACCUCAUCAAAAACGUUCAAAGAGAAAGUUUUGUGCAAACAAACCAAAAGAUCCAGCAAACUCUCCAGCGACCCUGAUCUCCAGAGCUGCAGCACAAAAGAGAAGCUGCUGAAAUGUACCGAGUGUGGGAAAAGCUUCACCAGGAGGCAGAAUCUGAGCACGCACAAGAGAAUCCACACUGGAGAGAGACCUUAUGAGUGCAGCGAAUGUGGGAAGAGGUUCAGCCGCAUGCAGCACCUCGUGUCGCACCAGCGAAUCCACACGGGCGAGCGACCCUACCAGUGCACCGAGUGUGGGAAGCGCUUCAGCCAGAAGUCCAACCUCCUCACGCACCAGAUCAUCCACACGGGGGAGAGGCCCUUUAAAUGCACAGAGUGUGGGAAAAGGUUCAGCCAGAGAAUCUACCUGACCCAGCACCAGAAAACCCACACGGGAGAGAAGCCGCAUAAAUGCCUGGAGUGCGGGAAGAGUUUCAUCCAGAGGAAGGUGCUCCUGACGCACCAGAAAAGUCAUGCCGGGGAGGGAGGGCCCUACCUAUGUGCCGACUGUGGGAAAUGCUUCACCACACGGCCAGGGCUGAGGUAUCACCAGAGAAUCCACACUGGGGAGCGGCCGUACCCCUGCGCCCUGUGCGGGAAAGGUUUUGCCACCAAUUCCCGCCUGAAAUAUCAUCAGCGGAUCCAUUCAGGAGAGAGGCCUUAUCAGUGCAGCGACUGUGACAAGCGCUUCCGGCACAAGUCAGCUCUUGCCUCCCACCAAGGCAUCCACACCGGUGAGAGGCCUUAUAAAUGUACCGAGUGCGGGAGCAGCUUCCGCCGCCGGAACGGGCUUGUCAAGCACCAGAGGAUCCACACGGGGGAGCGCCCCUACCCGUGCACGGAGUGCGGGAAGAGCUUCAGCACGAGGAGCACGCUCACGGAUCACCAGAGGACCCACACUGGGGAGAGACCCUACAACUGCAGCCAUUGUGGGAAAAGCUUCAACCGGGUCUCACAACGCCGCAAACACCAGAGAAUCCACACAAAAAAGCGACCGGAAUGUGCCGAGUGCGGGAAAAGGUUCCGGAGUGAGAAGGAGCUCGCCACGCAUCAAAGGGUCCACACUGGAGAAAAGCCGUACCAGUGUCCCCAGUGUCAGAGGAGCUACCAUCGGAAGAACGAACUGGCCAAGCACCUGAAAAGCCAUGCAGGGAAGAAUCCGUAACCUCGUGCUUAUGGAAGCUGGGCGUGGACAGCACCACACUAGACAUGUACCAGCCCUCUGGGCCCAGCACUGCCCCAUUCCAGGAGUGUCUCCAAGAGACGUUAUCUGUGAGUUAGGAAAUGUGGGGAGGAAGAGGGAGUGGUCUUGGGAGGGCAGGGUGUGGUCAGGGAAGUAUCUCCCGACUGCUGCCCCUAUUCAGGGCCUGAGCCAGUAUUCCAAGGUGCAGGCGGGUCUGGAACCCUCUGUUUUUAAUAUUGAGGGAUUUAGCUGGUUCUGUAUGAUGCAUCCAGCCUCUCUUUCACCAGACCCACAGAGCAAGGCAGUCUGGGAAUUGUAGGCUCCAGAGAAGCCAGGACUGUAAUAGGCCUGUUGAGGAUGGGCUGAGGUGGAGUAUAUAAGAACCUGCCUUCCUUCAAAUGUGGGAGAGACUCAGAGGAAGCCGGGAGGGGUCUCUGAGAAGAAGGGGCAGCUUAUCUAUCAUUUGGUUUGGUUUGCUCAUUUUACAGAGGCUGAACUUUUGAUUUAGGGGUUGUGUACACACACAUUUGCACCAGUUUAGUUAAACCAGUACAAGCCCUGUAUGGACACUCUUAGUUAAGUUUAUUUGGGCUUAGAUUAAAUCUGUUCCUGGUCAGUUUAAAAUAAAUGAAGUAAGCCUGGUUUAAAGAGAGAAAAAAGUGUUCACAUGAGUUUUUGGCCCUUUUAACUAAAGAGGAUCAAUAUCAGACCUGUUAACUGGUGCAUGUAAACGUUUGGGAUUUGAAAUGCCUAUGGGACAUUCCCUACCUCGAGGGGGCUGGGUGGGGGUCUGUGCGAAUUCCAGAAAGCUCGGGGAAUGAAAAGCCCUGAACCACAGACUGGGCUAAGGGAAAAGGAUUUUGUUUUAAAGGAGGGCCAUGGCCAUGGCUCCUUGUUUGGUUUAGCGGAGUGACUGGCCUCCCAUGGCUCUGCUGAAGUGGAGCUGGAGAACUCCGUUCUCUUAAAUGCUGCCUCUUCUAAGUGCUGUAACUUGGAUUGCUUGGAAAGAUACAUAUGGAAACAGAUGGGGAAAGUUUCCCUCCGAAGUUGAAUCGUGCGCAGCCCCUGAAAAUUCCUACGAGAAAUGGCUGCUUUGUAAUAAACAUGCUCUGGUUCAACCACAGAAUACAGGCUUGGUGCGGGGAUUGCGGGGUGGGGUUCUGGGUCUAGGCUGUGCAGGAGGCCAGACUAGAUGAUCACAAUGGCCCCUUCUGGCCUUAAAAUCCAUGAUUAGACCUUUAGCUGUGUGGAUUGUGCAGAAGAAAAAGAACCCCGAGUAACUAUCUGUAGCCACGGUGCCAGGCUUUGCAGCGGGUGGGACAGGCAGCCUCCACCUGCCAAACCUCAUAUAUCAGAGCUACCGAAUCAAGGCCUAACACUGCAUUGGAUGCAAAGUCAGAGUGUCGGGGCAGGGAGCUCCCCAAAUUGCAGGUAGCCGCCGGGGAUGCUGAACAUCAGUAACCAAGUGUGUCAGCAGCUGGUACGGAGAGUGGGGAGGAAAAAUCAAACCGCAGAGCCCAGUGGUGUUGGAAUUGCAGCUGUUGGGAACCAGCUCUCGGAACACGCUGUGUGCUGAGCAGUUGCAUGGAAAACAGCUAGGUCUGUAAUAGUCAACUGGCUGGGUUCCUAGGGAUGCUCCGGCUGUAAAACUAAAUGUCCCAGAGCGAAACGGGAGAGCUACAGAGACAAAGGGCUGCUUCCAGCAACAGCUCCGGUGAAUUGAGAUCAGACCACCGAUGUGCAUAAGAAUGGCUAUACUGGAUCAGACCAAAGGUCCAUCUAGCCCAGUGUCCUGUCUACUGACAGUGGCCAAUGCCAGGUGCCCCAGAGGGAAUGAACAGAACAGGGAAUCGUCACGUGAUCCAUCCCCUGUCGCCCAUUCCCAGCUUCUGGCAACAGAGGCUAGGGACACCUUCCCUGCCAAACCUGGCUAAUAGCCAUUGAUGGACCUGUCCUCCAUGAACUUAUCUAGUUCUUUUUUGAAGCCUGCAGAGUGGGAGGGAUUGUGUUGUUGUUUUGUAGGGUACCAUUUUGACUGGUAAAGAUCACAGAGAUACUCGGGGCAUCCAUGCCCACAAGCCCCUGAAGACGCAGACACUUGGUCCUUCCUGUAUUGAGCAGUAUAACUUACCUAUGGCUGUGGGGACUGCUCCUCUGGGUUCUGCACUGGAGAUGAGUACACUUGGUGCCUCUCUUCCCCAGCUGAGAAAAAUCACCCCGACUCCCCCUAGCACCCGAACACCUUGCUGACCCCACCUCCCUGCACAGACUCUUGAGCUGAGCGGGCUCCAUGCUUGCUGUGGUAUGGCGUCUGCACAGUUCACCCAGGAAAAAAGGUGUCAAAUGGUUGUUUGCCGUUUCUUUCACGGAGAGAGGGGGAGGAUGUACCCAGAACCACCAGCAACAAUGUUUUUUGCCCCAUCAGGCACUGGUAUCUCAACCCAGAAUUCCAAUGGGUGGGGGAAACUGGGAACUAUGGGAUAGCUACCCACAGUGCAACGCUCCAGAAGUAGACGCUAGCCUCGGUACAUGGACACACACCCGCCGAAUUAAUGUGCUUAGUGUGACCGCGUGCACUCGACUUUAUACAAUGUUUCCUAAAAUUGGUUUCUGUAAAAUCAGAAUAAUCACGUAGUGUAGACAUACCCAGAGUCUCUCCACGCAAAGCCAGUUCCUCCCUGCUUCCUGGCCGGCCCAAGGAACCACCUCCUGCUGGUUCCCAGCCUGAAGGAACGCUCAGGAUCUGACGCCAGGGCGGUGGUACAGGGCAAGGCAGGAGGGUGGAAUCCUACUAGGAAGGGAGCUUUUGCUGUGACUACCACCCUUAUUUCCCCGCAGCCAGGAAUCCUCCCCUCCCUGCUCCGGCAUGGCUGUCCCUGCCUCUGUCAACUCCUCCACCAAUAUUAACCAUUUCCCUGGUGCCAGCCUCGUUUCCAAGGGUUACAGUGUGUUCCACUGAUCUGCUCAGUGGCUUCUCGUUAGAUACAGCAAUGCUAUGACUGGUAUCCGGAGAGCUCACAAUGAAGGGGAGCCAGGUCCGGGUACAAACCUCGCCUGGAAAAGGCAGUUCCUGUGUCCCUCUGUGCCUGGGCAAGUCACUUCCCUUCUCGCUCCAUUUUCCCUCUGAAAGAGGGACUCUCGUGCUUUCUGUGGGGGAUAAAGUUUGUCCGAUGCCCGGGAAGAGGUCCAGCAUUACAGAGCUCUGCCAACGAAAUGAGCGCAGCUGUUCUAACUGGAGGCGAGAGGACGAACGUGAACUCAGCCCAGGCAGCUGUAGAGGAGCUAAAUAUUUCCUGCUAUUAAGCUUCUCUCACUUUCUUUGCUGGGCGUUUGGUUUCGUUCCACCACGAGGCCGUAGCCUGACGCUGCAGAGUGGAAUGCCUCGAAAUGUGUUUCCCUUUGAGGAUCAAAAUGUGCCUAUAGUUGGCAGGUCAGAAUCAGCUGCUGCUGCCCUCCAAAAGCACCUGCCAGACAGCUAAGAAUUAAGGAGCUGGGUGUGGCUUGAAAGCUUGUCUACCCAAUAGUGGCUGGUCUGAUAAAAGACAUCACCUCCCCGACCUUGUCUCUCUAAUCUCCUGGGACUGACACAGCUACCACACCACUGCCAUCGAGGCAGUUCUGUUCCAUAUCCGGGGCAGCGCUGGGGGGGGUUGUGGGGGCUAUUGCCACCCCAAUAUUUGCCUUAGUCCUCCCAUAGCCACCCCUCCCAGAGCUGUGCGCCCGGCCAGCAGCUGCCACCAGCUCUGGCCACCCAGUUCCCGCCGCUGGGGCAGUCUCCCCUUCUGUGGCUGGUGUGGCACUGGGGGAGCUUGCCCAACGCUAGAGGUGGGGGUGCCCAAGUGGGUCUCCGCUGAGCGGGGGGCGGAGGAAGGGUGCCUCUGGCUCAGGAGUGAGAGCUGCAGCUGCUUCUGCACUGAACAAGCAUUCAGGCUCCUGAGGGUUUGAUUUAAAGAGACAGCGCACUGACACACUCAGGCACACAGGCCCCACACACACUCACACAGUCUCUCACAUGCGCUCCCACAACACACACACACACUCUCUCUCUCUCUCCCUGCAACAUGCACAGUUUCUCUCGCUCUCACAUCCUUGUAUUAUUGUUGUUACUUCUUGGUACUUCCUGUUGAAAUGCGCAAGACACACACAUUCUGGUAUCUUUCAGAGUUCAUUCAGGAUCACAGUGCUGUUAUUUUAGUUUCUGGUCUGGUCUGUGCAUUUCAUAAUUUUAUUUCUCUCUUAUGCUUAAAUUGAAUUCUUUGAGUAGCCAGUGCUAAAAUGCCUAACCUGUCCUGGCUGGAGUAAUUAUCAUUGUUACAUAUUGUGCUUUGUCAUUUAUUAUUUAAAGUGGUACAGUCAAAUAGUAAUAUUAUGCGACUAGAAUGUAAAUUUAGCUUGUACUCACCUUAGCAGUGCUAGUAAACGCAUAACUUUAGACACUGUGCAGAUGAAGGUUGCUUAUUUUCAAAUUGUAUUUUUAAUUAUAUCUGUAAAAUAAUUUAAUACAGAUGAAAAUAAAUGUGGUACCAUGUCUGCUACUAAUAGUAAUGACAGACUCAAACGUUAGUGAAUCAUGUACAUGAUUGAGAUCAGUAAAUGUAAAUGCUGAAUUAAUCAGAAAAAUAAAUUCCUGUUAAUAAAAGAGAAAAACUUAACCAUGUUAAAAUUAAGUAAAUAUGUUUAUAGUGGAGUGAGAAACAAUUGACUGAAAUAGAGUAGAUAAUGGCAGUAACACAGUGUGUCUGUAAGCAGAUUUUAUUUAUUUUUAUUUAUCUCUACUAUCGAUAGUGUACAAAGUAACAAACUUGUGUUGCUGAUAUCUGUGUUAAGGCUCCAAAACUGACACCUCAAAGUUUGGGAUUGGGAGUAUCGUGCUGUAUUAUCUUCUAAUCGUUCUAAAUUUACAUAUAAACUUAAAAUGUGGCUUUAA